GAGUGCGGGCGUGAGUGCAUGUGCUUGGCUCCGUGCACACCCCGCAGGGCGGCAGCGCCAGGGAACCGAGCGCUUCCUAGAGCCCCGCUACCUCGCUCCGCUUCGGCGGCCGCGAUCAUGUUCCAGCCUGCGGCCAAGCGGGGUUUCACCAUAGAAUCCUUGGUGGCCAAGGAUGGUGGUGGCACGGGCGGGAGCCCUGGCAGUGGGGGCGCGGGCUCCCAUCCGCUGGCAGUGGCAGCCUCAGAGGAACCCCUCAGGCCCACGGCACUCAACUACCCUCACCCCAGUGCGGCCGAGGCGGCUUUUGUGAGUGGCUUUCCGGCCGCUGCCGCCGCGGGCGCCGGUCGCUCGCUCUACGGAGGGCCCGAGCUUGUGUUCCCCGAGGCCAUGAACCACCCGGCGCUGACAGUGCACCCGGCGCACCAGCUGGGCGCCUCCUCGCUGCAACCCCCUCACUCUUUCUUCGGCGCCCAGCACCGGGACCCUCUCCACUUCUACCCCUGGGUGCUUCGGAAUCGCUUCUUCGGCCACCGCUUCCAGGCGAGCGACGUUCCCCAGGACGGGCUGCUUUUGCACGGGCCCUUCGCACGCAAGCCCAAGCGGAUCCGCACGGCCUUCUCACCCUCGCAGCUGCUGCGGCUGGAGCGAGCCUUCGAAAAGAAUCACUACGUGGUGGGCGCCGAGCGGAAGCAGCUGGCUGGCAGCCUCAGCCUCUCCGAGACGCAGGUGAAGGUGUGGUUCCAGAAUCGGAGGACAAAAUACAAACGGCAGAAGCUGGAGGAGGAAGGGCCUGAGUCCGAACAGAAGAAGAAGGGUUCUCACCAUAUCAACCGGUGGCGUAUCGCCACGAAGCAGGCCAACGGGGAGGACAUUGAUGUCACCUCUAAUGACUAGGGGAACAAUCAUGAGCCCACACGGGCAGAGUAUUGCUUGCUGCUGGCCAGGGCCCCAGGGGGCCCAAGCUGGACUCUGGCCAGUCCCUAGCCAGGCUGCAGGGAGGCCUCGAGUCACGGCCCCACAGGGCUUGGAGCCUGGGGCCAUCACUGUCAGAGGGACAAGAAAAUGGGCUGGCUGAGGCCUGGGACUGCUCAGCCUUCUGGUGGAGAGCCUGCUGCUUGGGUGGGUCAGCCAUCACUGCAGCCUCCCAGCUGCUCUCCAUGUCUCUUUCUGUCUUUGUUUUGAGACUUUCUGUUUUAAUUUAUUUUCCAGGUACCUGCUCUAGUUCUUAGUGAUCUUCUCAUGUCCCCUUCCCUAUGGGAACAAUAAAAAUCUCUCUCUUAAUGA